AUGAAGUUCAAUAUUUGUUUUGUUUUGGGUGGACCGGGUGCUGGGAAAGGUACAGUAUGCCAGCAAAUUGUGAAGGAAUAUGGAUUUGUACACUUAUCUGCUGGGGAAUUACUUCGACAAGCUCGUGAUUCAUCAGAUUCUGAAUUUGCUAGUGAAAUACAAGAACACAUGAAAAAUGGGACAAUCGUACCGGCUAAAAUUACCUGUGGUUUAUUAUAUCAAGCAAUGCGAAAAAAUUCUGAAAAUGCUAAUUGUACGAAUUUUCUUGUGGAUGGUUUUCCACGUAAUAAUGAAAAUCGUUUGUGUUGGGAAAAAGAUUUAGGCCCUCAUACAAUAUUAAAAAAUGUCAUUGUUUUGGAUUGUCCAGACGAUGUAAGUUUUGAUUUGUUUCAUUAUCAUUAA